CUCAUUUUUAGAGGCCUUCAAUCCUGCGUAAUCAGAAAACCAGCUUUCCCCGGCCAAACCCACGAAGAGAGAAAGAAACGCUUUUUCUUAAAAUUCAAUCUCCUCCUCUAACACUUCUUCCUUUUCUUCUCCAAUUUCUUUUCAUGGACUUUUCAACUACGACUCUUCUUCUCAGUUACCCCAAACUCUCUAGAUUAAGAUUUUAUUGAUUUCACUUCCAGCUCUCCCUUUUCAAUCCUUACUAGUAAUAAUAAUAUUAUUAUAUAUAUAUUAAAAAAAAAAUUUCUAUGUUCCCAGGCAAUGAUCCUUCUUAUGCCCUUAUCACAACUGGGGCACUGAUUUUUUCCAUUUUCUAAAUGACUUCACAGUCUUCUCCGGCAAGCUUCAGUUCUUAUCAAAUUCUCCCUCUCCUCUGCCCUUGCAAAUCCUUCCAUCAAACCAACUACCCGUCACUUCCCUUCUCUAAAAGGAGGAGGAAAAAACUAAUCACCGACCUCACACACCAAAAUUUCAGAAGAAAGUUCUUAACUUUCCAUGCUUGUGUCUUCCCAAACGACACCAGAAAUAGCAAUGUAAACAUUGAUGAGCUUUCAAAGGGGACUAAGAGGUUUGUUUUCAAACGAAUUGCUAAUGAACUGGAGACCGGAGAACUAUCCCAAGAGCCAUCGAUUUCGAACUUCACUGGUUUUCAAGAGGAUCCUAUCGUGGGAAAGCUAAGGACUCAAUUGGGAGCGAUACACCCGAUACCUUCACCUCCAAUUAAUAGAAAUAUUGUUGGGUUAUUUGUGUUUUUCUUUUUUGUGGGUGUUGUUUCUGAUAAGGUAUGGACUUCGAGGAAGAGAGAGAAAAGCAAUGAGGAAGGGAAGCGUGCUGGGGCGUGGCCGCAAGUGCCCACCAGCUUUUCCUUGUUUCUGGAGAAGGAUUUGCAGAGGAAAGAGUCCGUUGAGUGGGUUAAUAUGGUGCUAGGGAAGUUAUGGAAGGUUUAUAGAGGCGGGAUUGAGAAUUGGCUAGUUGGGCUAUUGCAACCUGUUAUUGAUGAUUUGAAGAAGCCUGAUUAUGUUGAGAGAGUUGAAAUCAAGCAAUUCUCUCUAGGGGACGAGCCAUUGUCCGUUAGGAACGUUGAGAGAAGAACUUCUCGCCGCGUCAAUGAUUUGCAGUAUCAAAUAGGUCUCAGAUAUACUGGUGGCGCUCGGAUGCUUCUAAUGCUAUCGCUAAAAUUUAGCAUUAUCCCCAUUAUGUUGCCAGUCAGUGUUAGAGAUUUUGACAUUGAUGGUGAACUCUGGGUCAAACUGCGGUUGAUACCAACAGAGCCAUGGGUGGGAGCUGCUUCUUGGGCUUUUGUGUCACUUCCGAAGAUCAAAUUUGAAUUGUCGCCAUUUCGUUUGUUCAAUCUAAUGGCAAUUCCAGUUCUCUCAUUGUUUCUGAAAAAACUUCUCACUGAGGAUUUGCCUCGACUGUUUGUUCGUCCAAAGAAGAUUGUUUUGGAUUUUCAAAAUGGAAAAGCGGUUGGGCCUGUUGCAAAUGAAUCAGGAGAAAUGCAAGAAGGAAACGAGGAUUUUGUUGGAGAACUAUCAGUGACUCUUGUAGAUGCUCGAAAACUUUCCUAUGUCUUCUUUGGUAAAACUGACCCUUAUGUUAUUCUGAGCCUGGGAGAUCAAAUUAUGCGUAGUAAAAAGAACAGCCGAACCACCGUGAUCGGCCGUCCUGGUGAGCCAAUUUGGAACCAGGAUUUUCAUAUGCUUGUUGCAAACCCCAGGAAACAAAAAUUGAACAUCCAAGUGAAAGACUCUCUUGGAUUCACAGAUUUAACUGUUGGCACUGGAGAGGUUGAUCUGGGAUCUCUGCAAGAUACUGUACCAACUGACAAGAUUGUGGCUUUGCAAGGAGGUUGGGGAUUGUUCAGAAAGGCUUCUUCUGGGGAGAUACUUCUUCGACUAACUUAUAAAGCAUAUGUUGAGGAUGAAGAUGAUGACAAGUAUGGGGUGGAGCCUGUUGAUACAGGUGCUUCAGAUGAUGAGUUGUCUGAUUCAGAUGACUCAAAUGCUAUUUAUGAGCCUAGUAGAAGGGAUUCUUCUAAUGAGAUGGAUAAAGAGUCAUUUAUGGGUGUUCUAGCAGCUUUAAUUGUGAGUGAGGAAUUUCAAGGAAUUGUGGCAUCUGAUACUGGAAAUAGCAAACUUUCAAUUGAUGCCUCAAGUCUUAAUGCUGAAUCAAUGCCCUCGGAUAGUAAUAACAGUUCUGAAGGUUCUGCUGGAUCAAUCUUAGUUUGGUUUGCAGUGAUUACAAGCAUAUUAGUUCUAAUUGCUGUCACUAUGGAUGGUUCAAGUUUUUUCAACCCCUGACCUGACUCGAUAAAACAUAAUAUGAGCUUGUUUGAUCAGGUUGCAAAACAAUCCCCUUCUCGCCUAUCUGGGAUCAUUUACAAAGUUCCUUUUUUUGGUCCUCUCACUUUUUUUCCCCACAGGUCAUUCUCAAUGUAUAUUUAUGGUCUUUAGCAGAGGAAUAUUCUGUUAGCGGCAAGAAAGUUUUGGCUUCUCUAAUGUGAGGCAUUAUUAGUGUUAUUUUCCUUGCUGAUAUAUUCACUGUUCACAUACAUGAUGGCGAUUCAUUUGAAACCCUCUCAAUAAAGUUUUGUCGAUGAGAUAGAUUGGCCUUUGAUCCAGAA